AUGGCCAGCAAAGUCCUUCGGGCCAUCGUGCGCAACGAUGCGAUGCGGGCCGACCCCGACGACAUCUACGGAUGGCGCAUCUUUGCUCUCGCCGGCGCCUCCUGCUUCGGCGGCAUGCUCUUCGGCUGGGACACGGGAGCCAUCGGUGGCAUCCUCGCCCUGCCAGCCUUCCAGCAGACCUUUGGCACCGGCGGCAACGCCGACCUCGAGCAGAACAUCGUUUCCACCCUGCAGGCUGGCUGCUUCGCCGCCUGCUUCGUCACCUCGUGGCUGACGGAAAGGUACGGUCGAAGGCGUUGCCUCGUCGCCACGGGAGCCAUCGCCGUCGUCGGCGUCGUCCUGCAGACGGCUUCGGCCGCCAACGGCACGCUGGCCAUCAUGUACGUCGGCAGGUUCGUCGCCGGCCUCGGCGUCGGAGCAGCCUCGACCCUGACGCCCCUCUACGUGUCCGAGUGUGCUCCGAGGUCCAUUCGGGGCGGCCUGACCGCCAUCUACCAGCUCUUCAUCGUCACCGGCAUCAUGCUGGCUUUCUGGUACUGCAUCGCCGGAAUGUCUUCUCUCUUCCGUCUGACGACAUUCAGGGUCAACUACGGCUGCCUACUGCACGUCGCAACGCCCGCCGUCUACCUCGUCCCCCUUUCGCUCCAGGCCCUCCCCGCCUUCCUUCUCAUCCUGGGCAUGUUGCUGGCUCCCGAGAGGUAUUCUCCCCACUCGCCUCGAUUCGUCGCCAUCGCUGACGGUGACGGGUCCAACCAUAGCCCUCGUUGGUGUGCGAGCAAAGACAACUGGGAUGAGGCGUCCAAGAUACUUGUCCAACUGAGAGGGUACGUCAGCUGCGGCCUACGGAUCGCCUUGGCCAUGGGAAUGGUCCACUCCAUGAUUCGGUGCCCAGCUCCAGGCUUCCGUGUCGUGCUGACGGCAAGCAGCCUCCCCGCCGACUCGGAAUACGUCUCGACGGAGAUGCAGGAAAUGGCCAAUCAGCUGGCUCUGGAACGAAGGCUGACGGGCGACGCGACGGCAAAGACGCUCCUGCGAGAGAUGGUCCGGAUUCCCGGGAACCGCAACAGAGCCAUCAUCUCGGUUGUCCUCAUGAUUUGCCAGCAGAUGACGGGCGUCAAUGCCAUCAACUAUUACGCCCCUCAAAUAUUCAAAAACCUGGGCAUGACGGGCACCCGACCCUCACUGUUCGCGACCGGCGUCUACGGCAUCGUCAAGACUGUGGCGUGCGCCGCCUUCCUCAUCUUCGUCGCCGACUCGCUCGGUCGCCGCUGGAGCCUGCUGUGGACGAGCGCGGCCCAGGCCGUUGUCCUGUUCAUCAUCGGCAUCUACGGUCGAGUGCAACCGCCGAUCGGAGGCGAAGCGGUGACGGCCUUUGGAUACGUCGCCAUCGCCUGCAUCUACCUCUGGGCAGCGCAAGUGGAGUUUGCUGGCGCCUUUCAGUUCGGGUGGGGACCCGCCUGCUGGAUACUCAUCAGCGAGAUGCCGACGGCUCGUCUGCGUGCCAUGAAUGUCGCCAUCGCCGCCGCCACCCAGUGGCUUUUCAACUUCGUCAUGGCUCGGACCGUGCUCACGAUGCAGAAGACGAUGGGAAGGGUCGGCUACGGAAUGUUCUUCAUGUUUGCCGCCUUCGACGUCGCCAUGGGCCUCUUUGUCUGGUUCUGCGUGCCCGAGACGAAGGGCAUCAGCUUGGAACGAAUGGACGAUCUCUUUGGCGACGCCGAGGCAGCCAAGUCCAUCGAGGGGGGUGAGGUUGACCGUGCGGUGAGUGCGCGGUGA